AUGAAUCUUACAGACAAACAAUAUAAUCGUUUUCUUGAUCUUGUCUUUAAUUACUUAAGUAAAAGAGAUCUUUGUGCUUGUUCACUUGUUAAUAAAACCUGGAGUCAACGCGCUAUGUCUAAACUUUGGUAUCAACCAGAAUUUGAUAAUGGAGAUUUAACUUCUUUUCAAUCCUUUCAAAAUUUUUUCAAAAUUUUGACAAAAAUAGCGAGCGAACAAACCAAAACUCUAAUUCAAAUUAUUGAUAUUAAUCAAGUCAAAGAAUCAUUAUAUGAAACAUUGAAUGAUAAUUGGUUGACAUUAAUAAUUCAGCAUUGUCCAAAUUUACGUUCUCUCAUUAUUCGUGAUUCAUCUUGCUUGACACCAAUGACGAUUCGUAAACUAAUCACCAAUUUUAAAUCAACUCAUAAUUCCCUUCAAUAUCUAAAUCUUGAAAAUUCAAAAAAUAUUACUGAAAACUUACUUAAAUCAUUUAUACAAAAAUUUCCUGAAUUACUUGCAAUUAAUUUAAAUAAUUGUUCGGGUGUAUCUGAUAGUUCAAUUUCACAAAUCUCAUAUAUUUGUCAUGAUUUAAAUACAAUUGAAUUAUCAAAUUCCAGUUCAAGGAUUACAGAUGUUUCAUUUUACGCAAUAUCAAAAUUUGGAAAAAAUAAAUUACGAAAACUUAAUUUCUCGUCAAUGCCAAAAUUUACUGAUAAUAGUAUUAAAUCUAUAUCCAAUCAUUGUAAAAAUUUAGAAGUGGUGAAUUUUAGUAGUUGUCAAUUGAUUACUAGUAUCGGAUUAGCUAAUUUAUUGAUGGCAAAUAAAAAUACAUUAAAAGAGUUAUGGAUUCAUAAUAUGAAAGGAAUACCUUGGUUGACAAAAGAUUUAUGGGAAUUGAUUACAAUAAAAUGUAGUAAACUUGAAUUACUUUCAAUUAAUUUUAAUACCAUUACUUCAUCUUCAAAUUGUUCAUCCUCUUUUACAGUAGAUUUAAUUCUUUAUUAUUUUUCCCAAUUUAAAAAAUUAAAAAAAUUGGUACUUUAUAAUACUUCAGAGGAAUCAUCAUCAAAAUUCUUACAGAAUUUAAUUGAAAGUUUUGGUAUGGGAGAUAACAAAUCAACACAUUCUAUUAAAAGUAAUAAAAUUAUUUUGGAAGAAAUUUUAAUAUAUAGAAUGAGAUAUGAAUGUGAUUUUAUUUUGGGAGGAUAUGCCGAAACAAAAAACUCAAUGGAAAGUUAUGGAAUUGAAAAGAAAGAUGUUAUCAACGAUGAAUGGCUUGCAUAUGUCAAAACUAUUGAAUUGAGUCAGACACAAUUAAAAAUUGAAAAAAUUGAAGUUGAGCCAAGUGAAAUUUUCAUUUUACCUAGUAAUUUGACACAAUUAUUAAGUCAGACACAAUUAAAAAAUUGA